AUGGUCAUAAUCGCAGCACAGUAAGCGACAAGCUUCUUCGACGUACGACGUCCUGAUCCAUCCAGACGUCUCUUUUCUCAGCAUCCAGACUCGGAGUAGUCCCAGCAGCGUCGCAGCUCCAUCGCAACGACCCACUCGCGACGACGUUGCGACUCGCACUGCGCCUCCGAGCGGAUCCAGGCUGGCAUUGCCCCGAGGUGGACAUCCACCUCGACAGUCUGCGCCGAACACCCGAAGAAGGACGUCUGCGCAGGUCUGUCCAUGGGCAGCUCACGAUCCAGGCCUUGAUCGCUUCGUAAGUGCCUUUGUGAGCUCUCCUGACCACGUCGACUGUGCGGCCUUUCAUGGCAGAUCUGAAGCGCAACAACACUCGCAGCGAGACUCGAACAUCCUAUAG